GGAUCCCACAAAUUUUGCCCUUUUCAAGCGCAGCAUCGAUCUCCUCCAUUCAAGCGCAGCAUCGUAUCCCACAAACACUGCAAACAUCCAUCGGAACGAGUUUGGUGGAAAUUUAAUCAACGGCAAUGACUGCACCGAAAAUUGACUCCAACGACAGGUGAUCACAUGAUCGAAUGCAGUUCCAAAGAGUCUGGGCAAGCGUGCAAUGUUGUUUGUGGUUUUAUACCAUCCACGACUCCAAUAGGCCAGCCAAACACCCUGCUACUGUUAACCUUCAUCACCACUAACCUUCACCACCACUGUUCUUCCGACUCCAUUUAACCAUACGAAUUGUUUCUCCUAAACAACAAUUUAUAAAAACAAUUUAAGAAGAGAAUGAUUUCAUCUGCUCACCUCAACAACAAUUAGAUUCUCGAAUUGUGAAAUUGGUUCUGGUGGUUCUAGUAGUUUUCGAGGAUGUCGAGUUCGGGUUCGGGGUCUCACUUUGCCGUGCCUAAGUUCGAUGGAAAGAGUAGCUUCACUCUUUGGCAAAGAAGGAUGAAGGAUCUCCUUGUGCAUUUGGGUUUGGCUAGAGCUCUUAAAGGAGAUGAGGCGAAGCCGGAGAAAAUGAGUGACAAUGAUUGGCAGGAGUUGUGCGAGAAGUGUGUCAGUACCAUCCGGUUGUGCAUUGCAGACUCUGUCGUUAAUUGUGUUAUUGACGAGGAGUCUCCGGCGGCGAUAUGGGAGAAGUUGGAAAAGCUGUACAUGGCAAAAAGCUUGACCAACAAGCUUCUUUUGAAGAGGCGGUUGUAUCGGUUGCGGAUGGAGGAUGAGGACACCUUGGUUGGACACAUGAAUGUGUUCAAUGGUUUAAUAGACGAGUUGAAACGGGUUGAUGUUAAAAUCGGUGAGGAGGAUCAGGCAUUGCUUCUCCUUAAUUCUCUCCCGGAUUCCUAUGAGGUUUAUGUGGAUACCAUAUUGUGCGGGAAGGACACGAUUACCUUGGAGCAGGCACAAUCAGCUUUGUUGUCGUUUGAUGCGAGGAGGAAAGACAAAGCUGGGGUACGGAGUGACGAUGCAGUCGCGGCUAUUGCUCAUGGUGGUGGGAGAGGUCGUUCGUCUAUUAGGGACUACAAAUCAAAGCACGGAAGGUCCAAGUCCCAGAACACAUCUAAGAACGAGGUGCGUUGUUACAAGUGUGGCGAGCUCGGGCAUAUUAGGAGGGAUUGUCCUAAGAAGUGUGAGGGGAAAAAUGAUGCCAACUUGGUUCGAGAUGGAGAGACUGGUAGUAGUUCUCUAGGAAAUGAAAGUGACGAGUUGUUCAUGGUCGCUAACGGUUAUGAUGAAGCUUCCGGCAAUGAUUGGGUGCUUGAUUCUGCAUGUGUGAGUCACAUGUGCUCAAGGAAGGAACAUUUUGAGACACUUCAGGAAGGCAUGACUAAGAUUUUGAGGUUAGCGGAUAACUCGACGGUGGCGGUCAUGGGUGUUGGAGUGGUGAAAAUGAAAAUGUUCGAUGGGGUGGUGAGGACUUUGGGUAACGUGGCAUGCGUUCCAAAGUUACGACGGAAUCUCAUUUCACUUAGUCAAUUGGACUCCGAGGGAUACGAGUACAAGUCUUGUGGGGGAGUGGUCAAAGUAACUAAGGGUAGCACGAUUGUGAUUAAGGGGGAGCUGGAUCACGGUUUGUAUCGUACGGUCAGGCAUACGGUGAGAGGUGAAUUGGAAGGAAAGGGAGGUCAACGCGUCUCGUUUGCGGAUGGUGCAACGAGGGUUCAUUGUUUCUAGGUUGAUGAUGGUGUCUCUUGAGUUGGAGGGGGAGAUUGUUGGGAUUAUUUCCAAAGUUUUUCCAACUCAAGAGUCGGGUCCCUUUAUCUUCCUGUCUCAUCAGUUUUCCUUCAUUUAUUUUUGAUUUUGGUAUUGGAAAUACCAAAAGGUUGCUGCAUAAUAUUGUGUUUAUUACUCUUGGAAUUUUAAUGUGGCUGUUGGUCUUUCUUUGGAAUGCUCCGUAUGCUUCUUGUUGUCCCAUUAUAAAACUUGGUCAUUGUU